UUCAGUUUCGCGUCAUUGACCUGCCAGCAUGAGUGAUCCUAUUUAAAACGUGUGCAUUUCGCGUGGGGACAAAUGUCGUUAAACGCGAUCAUCUAGAUCAAGUUGAAAGUAGGCUUUUAUCCAUUCGUUGAUAUAAACAUCCGCAUACGUGAAAAACCAGUGUUCGUGAGAUUCGAUCCACUUAUUUGGCGUGACGUUUACGCGAGAAGUAGAACCCAACACCGAGUUUGGGAGCCGUAUCUUAUGGCGAGAUAAACAAGGACGCUUGAAUUUACGUAACAAAAGCAAUCGUCGGUGUUCGUCCUUUACUUGCUGCUACCUCAAGAAAACCGAGGGAACCUGGACCGGCGAUCUGUUGAAAGGAGAGUUUGGACAGUGGACGUAGAUAGGCACAUUGGUGCUGGGAAACAGCCGAUAGUUGGACAUAAGUGGAUAAAACGGACAUUUUGAUACACCACAGAUAAAAUGCAGGCGAUCAAGUGUGUUGUCGUCGGCGAUGGAGCCGUCGGUAAAACAUGCCUACUGAUAAGUUACACCACAAAUGCGUUUCCAGGGGAAUAUAUUCCAACAGUAUUUGAUAACUAUUCUGCGAAUGUAAUGGUCGAUGCGAAACCAAUCAAUCUCGGACUGUGGGAUACAGCCGGGCAGGAAGAUUAUGAUCGAUUGCGUCCACUUUCAUAUCCCCAAACAGAUGUAUUUCUCAUUUGCUUCUCAUUAGUCAAUCCUGCAUCGUUUGAGAAUGUCAGAGCAAAGUGGUAUCCAGAAGUUCGUCAUCAUUGCCCAAGCACUCCAAUAAUUUUAGUUGGCACGAAGUUAGAUUUGCGUGAAGAUAAAAGUACCGUAGAGAAAUUAAGAGAUAAAAAAUUGGCACCGAUCACGUAUCCUCAGGGCUUAGCAAUGGCUAAAGAAAUUGGUGCUGUAAAAUAUUUGGAGUGCUCGGCACUCACACAGAAAGGGCUAAAAACCGUUUUCGAUGAAGCUAUACGGUCAGUUCUGUGUCCAGUACUGCAGCCAAAAUCCAAGCGCAAAUGUAUUAUAUUGUAAAAGUUACAUUUACACAACUAUAUAGACACACACAAGUUUUUUUUUCUGAAGAACAAGCAACCACAGAGGAGACGAAAUGAAGAUGAAAAACAAUCUAAGAAAAUAAAUAAAAAAUUAAAAGGUACUUGUCUUUAUAUAAGUAUAGUAGAUAAACUAUAUCUGUUAUAUGUAAAAAGCAGAAGGAAACUCGACAUGUAUACAUGGACAAACACGAAAACAAAUACUUUAAUAAAAUUCAAAAUGUAUAGUUGAUUCUGUGCAGAACGCUAUCAGUCGAUGUCGUCGAGGGUCGAAAGAAAGAAAUGUGAAUUAUCUAGAAACUAGCAAAAUCCGCAUAAAUUCGGUAGAUUCGGGUGAAAUUAUGUGUUGUGUCCAAACAAAUCUUUUUUUCUAAAUGUUUUGUAAUUUACUACCAAAAAUACAAACAAGAUAAAGAAAAUACUAAUUAACUAAAA